AUGGCAGAUUACGAUUAUUUGAUUAAAUUCUUGGCCUUAGGUGAUUCUGGCGUUGGCAAAACUUCGUUUUUGCACAGAUAUACAGACAAUUCUUUCACGGGUCAAUUCAUAUCAACCGUUGGAAUAGAUUUUAAAGAGAAAAAAGUGGUCUACAAAAGUGCUAGAGGAGGCUUUGGAGGUAGAGGUCAACGAGUGCUUCUACAAUUAUGGGAUACUGCAGGGCAGGAAAGAUUCCGUUCAUUAACCACAGCUUUCUUCCGCGAUGCUAUGGGAUUUAUACUUAUAUUCGACAUUACUAAUGAACAGUCAUUUCUUAAUGUCAGGGAUUGGCUUUCUCAACUAAAAAUACACGCAUAUUGCGAAACACCAGACAUAAUACUUUGUGGUAACAAGUCAGACUUGGAAAAUCGUCGACAAGUUAGUACUGCUAGAGCUAAACAAUUGGCAGACCAGCUUGGUUUACCCUAUUUUGAGACUUCAGCAUGUACUUCUUCAAACGUAGAAAAAGCUGUUGAUUGCCUACUUGAUUUAGUUAUGCAACGGAUACAAAUGUCAGUAGGCAGCGACAAUUUGCCAGCCGGUUGUAUUGGCAGUGGAAAUAGACUAAAUGUUGAAGAAGAUUUUUCUGCUAAUAAAACAUCCUAUUAUUGUAACAAUUGUUAA